AUGGCUGCCCAUAGAGCAGAGCUAUUGCAGCACAAAAUGAAGUCGUAGGCAUCUAUGUUGCUUAGGACAGUGGUCGCGGCAGCCGUGCUGCUGCGCGGCGCGGGCGCAUGCACGGCGACGCUGAGCAUAGACAUCGACGGCGUCUCGGUGAAGCUCGCGUUCGACAACACGUCCUCUGUGUUCGGCACGGCGCUCCGGCACGUCGCCGAGCUUGGAGACGCCCACGGCGGCGGCCUGAUGGGUGGGAGUUGCGAGACCGGCGACGCGUUUUGCGCCGCCGGCGAGCUCGCGGACGGCGCGCACGCGCUCCUCGCGGAGCGGUGCGGCGACGGCGACGGCGGCGACGCGCGUCCCGCGCCGCUGGACGUCCUACAAGUCGGCGCCCACGAAGGAGACAGCCCGGGCGACCCGCUGUACGCCUGGCUGCGGCACCGCGCCGCGCCGUGGGUCCGCGCCGUCCUCGUCGAGCCGAUGCGGGCGAGCUUCGAAGCGCUGGUACGAAACUACGCCGGAGCGGUCGCUUCCAUUUCGUACGUGCACGCCGCCGUCGCCGGGCGCGAGCGGAGGCCGCUGGUCUUCUACGAGCCGCGCCGCUGCGACGCGCCGUAUCCUGAUGCGAGUCACGACGUCCGCUGCGUCCACGGCUUCGAAACGUCGACGCUCAUCGCUUCGACGAACUGGACAUUCGUCUACCACGGCGCGCGAUGGAUCGUCGACCCGACGGGUUCGACGACCGCGGUGCCGCCCAUCGCACGACGCGAGGUCGCUGGCCUCGAUUGGCGCUCCAUCUUGGAGGCACACGGCGCGUCCGCGGUCGGCGUCCUCGUCGUCGACGCCGAGGCCAUGGACUGCGACCUCGUCGCGAGCUUUCCCUUCGACGUCGCCGUUCCCGACGUGAUCGUGUUCGAGCAAGGGCACUGCGCCCACGCCCAGCCCGACGAGCGCGCGGCACUCGAUGAUUACCUUACGGACGUCCUCGGCUACGCGCGGGCGCCGGGCUUCGUCGGGCACGUCGAGCACGACGCCUGCUACGUGCUGCGAUCUAUGGCGCCGAAUCCGCCCGACUCGGCCACGCUGGACCCCAUCACCACCCCGCCCGACCGGCAGCGGGGUACGUUCGGGAGCUGACGACCGGCGAAGCCAUCGAGGCGGUCCUCGCCAGCGUCCCCGGCGGUGCCGAGGUUCUUUACUGCGGCUACCAGCCCCUCGUUCGCACUAGUAUUGUUUACCGCAUAGUUA